CCGUUUCCGGUGCGCGGGUUCCGGAAUCCGGCCGGAAGUCGGGGAGCGACGAGUGUCCUAGCGCCGGGAGCGGGCCGCGGAGCCGGGAGCAGCCCGGGCGGGCCGGCCGAGGAGCCGGGACUCAGCCACCGCCAUGGUGUUCUACUUCACCUCUAGCGUUGUUCCCGCCGUUUACAGCAUUUACAUGGGAAAAGAUAAAUAUGAAAAUGAAGACCUGAUAAAAUAUGGCUGGCCUGAAGAUAUUUGGUUUCAUGUGGAUAAGCUCUCCUCUGCACACGUGUACCUCCGACUACACAAGGGGCAGACAGUGGAUGAUAUUCCCAAAGAAGUUUUGAUAGACUGCGCCCAUCUAGUGAAGGCCAAUAGCAUUCAAGGCUGCAAAAUGAACAACAUCAAUGUGGUGUACACGCCAUGGACCAACCUGAAGAAAACGGCUGACAUGGACGUGGGGCAGAUAGGGUUUCACAGACAAAAGGAUGUGAGAACAGUGACAGUGGAGAAGAAGGUGAAUGAGAUACUGAACAGGCUAGAGAAGACCAAAGUGGAGCGCUUCCCCGACCUGGCCGCUGAGAAGGAAGCCCGGGACAGAGAGGAGAGGAAUGAGAAAAAAGCCCAGAUCCAAGAGAUGAAACGGAAAGAGAAAGAGGAAAUGAAGAAAAAGAAAGAAAUGGAAGAUCUCAGGAGCUACUCGUCGCUAAUGAAGUCUGAGAACAUGUCUUCCAACCAGGAUGGCAAUGAUUCGGAUGACUUCAUGUGAAUUGGGCACUCUCUCCUUUCUGAAUCGGGAGAUGGACUGCCAUGUCUGAAUUUUUCACCCUCAAUAAGAUGCCAAAAAACCAAAUGCUGACUUCAGUUUCAGACCCUGUUUGAACCUUCAAUGGCAAUAUUGGACCAGAUCUGUGCCAUGUAUCUCCUAAAGCUAGUACUGUGGGUGUGUGUGUGGGUGUGUGUGUGAGAGAGAGAGACUGAGUGAGUGGGGGGAGCAUACAUUCUGGUUCUAAAAGAAUCUUGAUAUAUUUAUUUUGAGAGGAGGGGCUUUUAAUGUGAGCUACAGGAGUGUUGUGCUGCCGUAGUGAAUUGGCAGUAGACCGAUUCAAAAAAUGUUGCCAUUAUCGCCAUGUCUCCCGGGUAUAAACUCAAACCUGAAAUCAGAAUUGCUGAGCUGAGGACUCUGCUCUCCUCUUGCUGAGUGAUUCUUGUUGACGGGACGUGUGUGUUCAUCAAAGCCAGGGGAUCCCUGUAAACCGGGGGAGCCUGAACUUGGCCCAGCUGAUGACCAUAUUGCAAAUCUGCCUGGAGCCAGAGAGCUCCACCUAUCUUGUAAAUGUAGCAAAUUGUAGCUGCCCUCAUUUUAAUGUGGAGCUACCGCCUAUGGAGACGAGUCUUGGCCUGCAUAGCAGCCUGACCGCUGUGAGUGAGAUGGAGCAAUGCAUGCUGGGGAUGUGGUGUCUGAGGCUGUACGUCUGUAGGAUAGUCAUAAAUUGUAUUGGGCUGCACUCGGGGCUCCGCUCUUCUAAAGGAUUAAGUUUGCAAAUAAGGCGUUGGGCUUUGAAGAGCCCGUAAGCCGACUCGGAACACUUGACUAAAUAACUCGUAAUGUGAUGUGGAUAAUAGUACAUUCAAAAUGAUGGUGGUAACUAUCGCAACAUGUGUAUAUAUGUUAGAAUUAAAAUCAUACCAGCUGUUAAAGCA